AAUAACAAUAUAAAUAAUUGUGAACACUAUUUUCUGCUCAAAAUCUUUCUCCUCAAAACACUCUGUUCCCUCCCUCUCAUUUCGCGGCAAAGACAAGCGCUUGUUGACAGACUCAUUUUCCUCACUUCAGGUUUUGCUAUGUGCAUCCAUCGUCAAUCAUCCUAGAAGAUUCGCGUUUGGAGUUUUCUCCUCGGAUUAUUUCCAGAUCUCUGUUUACAUUUUGCGGCGCUUUGCUCAGCAAAAAUUAUCAAAAGUUUUCUACUCUUUCAGCUAUACUCUGCUUAACUACUCCCUCCUUGUUGCCUUUUGUUUGUUUCUUUUGUUUUCCGUUGGAAAAUUGAAUCGAAUUAGGUCAGAUGUAUCGCUGCGAUUGUUCAAUUUGGUUUUGUAUUGUAACGUUACUACUGUUAUCGAUUAUAUUUGGGGAAUUUGCGAAUGCUGAUUGGGCAACUUGCUCCGGAAUCGUUCCGAUGAGUUACCGGAACGAUAAGAUUUCGAUAACGGACUUUGGAGGCGUGGGCGAUGGGGUGACGUUGAACACGAAAGCGUUUAGAGAAGCAAUUUACAGAAUUGAGCAUUUGAGGAGGAGAGGUGGCUCUCUGCUUUACAUUCCUCCCGGCGAAUUUUUAACUGGACCGUUUAAUCUCACUAGCCGUAUGACUCUUUACUUGGCUAGAGGCGCCGUGAUCAAAGCCACUACGGAUGUUGGCCAGUGGCCCUUGGUGGCGCCGUUGCCCUCUUACGGAAGAGGAAGAGAACGGCCUGGUGGAAGGUACAUGAGCUUCAUCCAUGGCAACGGUCUACAUGAUGUGAUAAUCACAGGGGAAAAUGGAACAAUCGAUGGCCAAGGCGGCGUCUGGUGGGACAUGUGGCGGCAAAGAACUCUCGGGUUUACUCGACCAAACCUUAUCGAGUUCAUGAACUCAAGAGGCAUUAUCAUUUCCAAUGUUAUUUUCAAGAACUCUCCCUUUUGGAACAUACACCCAGUUUACUGCAGUCAUGUUGUGAUUCGAUAUGUAACGAUUCUCGCACCUGCUGACUCUCCCAACACCGAUGGAAUCGAUCCAGACUCGAGCUCGAACAUAUGCAUCGAGGACUCCUUCAUCUCAACCGGGGACGACCUAGUGGCCGUGAAGAGCGGGUGGGACGAAUACGGGAUAGCAUUUGGUCGACCCAGCCACAGCAUCACCAUCAGAAGAGUAACUGGCUCCUCCCCGUUCGCUGGAAUCGCAGUUGGGAGCGAAACCUCAGGUGGUGUGCUGGGCGUCCUAGCCGAGCACAUAACUCUCUACAACAUGGGAAUCGGCAUACACCUCAAGACCAACAUCGGCAGGGGAGGGGUCGUGAGGAACAUAACUGUGUUGAACGUCUACAUGGAGAACGCCCGGACGGGGAUCAAGAUAUCGGGCGACGUGGGGGACCACCCGGACGAGAACUACAACCGGAACGCCCUCCCAGUUCUCAAGGAUGUGGUGAUCAAGAACGUUUGGGGUGAAAGAGUGCAGCAACCCGGUCUCAUCCGCGGCCUUUGGAAUGCACCAUUCACUGCUAUUUGCCUCUCCAACAUCCAUCUUGGUGGCGCGCGGCCAUGGCAGUGCUCUCAUGUAGUCGGAGCCGCCGUUCAAGUUAGCCCCUCGCCGUGCGUUCAGCUCACCUCCCGCCAGCAGAUAGCAGGAAAGCCAAGUAUUCUGUCGUGAACCUGACUAAGGGACACCUCUUAGAGAUGGCGCACACAUUCGAGGCCGCCCUAUAUGAAGAAGAGGAGAUUCCGUGUACUGUGGAAGAAGCAUGGAGAUUGGUCCGGAAGGUUUGUGAUUGGUCCGAGACAGUAAUGUAUUCGAUAAUUUGAGAUUGGUCCGAGACAGCAUGGAGAUUGGUCCGGAAGGUUUGAAUGGGAUAUUAGGCAUAAUUGAAGAAUAGAGAAGUAAUGUAUUCGAUAAUUUGAUGAUUUUUAUUACUUCAUAGAUGCCCUAUUAUAUAGGGUUUGAUACAUGUGUAAUUAUGGUAUAGUAUCAAUCAAAUAUCAAAUUUCCUAUUA